AUGAAUCCCGACUCGUACUCUCCGAUGCUCCACAAUGCGGUAGUAUUUGCGCUUCACCAUAUGUAUUAUUAUCCGCCAGGUCAACUGGCCCAGCGGAUGGCCGCAGCUCCGCAACAAGGACUCGCCGGAUGUUGGCAGCUGUUGCCGCAGCAGAGUCCGUACAACCCAUUGCAACCAUGGCUGCUCCCUCCAGCCUUGGCGGCGAUGGGCCCUUUCGUGCCACGAUACCCACAAGGAUUCCACGUUCCGGCUCUGGCUCAGCAAUCAUGGUUCCAGGAUUUCCUACAGGCGACGCAUAGAGUGGUAAAGGAAGAAGGAAACCCUCUAGAACCAGAGUUGAGCGUUGAUGACGAAAUCACUCUUGUUGAGGCGUUCAAGAAGGGGAUGGAACACGGCUUGACGUCGUUGCAAGUCUUCCAGGAAGUGAACAACAAGAACCAGCAUAGCGACAUAGAAUGGAUGAAGAUUUUUGUCGCUCAUGUCAAGAAGCUGUAUCCUAAAGUGUUUCCCGAUGCCGUUCCUGCGCCCUCUCUUGUCGGUCGUCCUGCCGGAUCCGAGAACCACCCGUCCGCCUCCGAGCCGACAGGUCAACAGCCUCAAGAUGCUGGUCAAGCAUCAGCGUCUGCAGCUCGCACGAGCUUUACAAGCUCGAAACCUCCCCUUGAAUCCGGUGACCGCGCACAGCCCACUACGAAGGCACCCACGGAGGCACGGAUCUGCUCGCCCUCCACCCCGGUCGCCUUCUCUUCCAACAAAAUCAAGAGCGAACGCACAGCAGGCAUCUUUUACGGCGAGAUCAGGAUCCCUCCUUUUGACGGCUCCGAGAAGCCUCCUUACCCAACGCGGCUUGGUGAGCCUGGGACUAGGUUCACGCAGGAAGAGAAAGUCUUCUUCAUUCAUUGGCUGCACUGGAGGCUUCGAGAGGAGGGGCUCCCCGACAAAGAGACCCUCUUCAAGGAGCUCGAAAGAGAAUUACCGAAACGUACGGCUGAUACGUGGAAGCGGUUCUGGGCCGAAAAUCCCGACGCUCCCAACGCUGUCUACAUUGCGGCCCGAAAGCGUGCUGAAAGGCCAGACGCCACGCGAGGGUCGCUUACCUCGUUGGCGGAGCUCAGCGAUGCCAACUCUGACGAGGAAGAGCAGAACCUACGCGAGGACGGAAGACCGCUGAUUGACAAAGGAGAAGCGAAGCCUGUGGCCACUCCGUCCUCCAGUUCCGAGAGCAAAAGCAAGCGAUCUCCGAGCUUGCCUGUGACCGACACGGACCUUCGCGCCAUGGCGCGAUACAAAUUCGAGAAGGAUGCCGUGUGGGCAACAAGCCGUUACAAAUACGCUCCGUGGGACGACUUUGCGACACGUCCCGAAAAUGCCCGGCGAUCGCUGACGGCCUGGAAGCAUAUUGCACGAAACCCGAAACAUGGCGUCGAUAUGUUGAUUGAUCGCUAUGUCCAAGAGUACCGCAGUGAAUCCGAGGGGGAGAAGCCGAUCACGUCAAAGCAAGCCCUGCCUGCCCCACCUCCGCAAACGUCUGCGGCGACACCGUCCUCGGCAGUUCCCAAGCAAGACCUUGAGCCAGCUACGCUGAAGCUUCCUGCACAUAUGGAGGCUUCGAGCGAAUCUGGUCCCUCUGUAACGGCUCAAACAACGUCGAGGGAGAUCAACGUCCGCUGGGCCGUGAGUGACCAGGAUGUGAUCGACCUGACCAUCGGCGUGUAG